AUGUUCAAGAAAGGUCUUACCCAGAAAUUUCCUGAAACCAACGGAAUACGCUGGUUCAACGUCGCGGUCCUCACCUUGACACCUGCUGUCGCUUGCUAUGGCCUGUUGAGGGCGCCCUGUUACCGAGAAACUGUGACGUUCUCUGUGGGAUACUAUGUAUUUUCCAUGUUGGGCAUCACCGCAGGAUAUCAUCGACUCUGGUCUCAUCGUUCUUAUAAUGCCUCUUUCCCACUUCAAUGUUUCUUACUUGCCGGCGGAACUAGUGCAGUUCAAGGGUCCUGCUACUGGUGGGCUCGAGCCCACCGCUCUCAUCACCGUCAUACCGACACCGACCUCGACCCUUACAACUCAAAUCGCGGCUUGUUAUGGACCCAUAUCGGUUGGAUGGUUUUCAAGUCUAACCUUCGAUCUGGUCCUGCCGACAUUUCUGAUCUUCGUCAUGACCCUCUUAUCCAGUGGCAACAUCGUCACUACUUUGUUCUGCUGGCUAUCUUUGGGAUUGUUCUCCCAGCUGUUAUCCCUGGCUUUAUGUGGGACGACUGGUUGGGUGGCAUAUGCUUCGCGUUCGCUUUGCGUUUGACCAUCGCUCACCAUAGCACGUUCUGCAUCAACUCGGUCGCUCAUUGGCUUGGUUCUGCGCCCUACGACGACGUUCAUUCACCUCGAGACCAUUUUCUUUCAGCCAUACUAACGAUGGGUGAAGGAUACCACAAUUUUCAUCACCAGUUCCCAAUGGACUACCGGAACGCGUUCCAUUGGUACCAAUACGAUCCAACUAAGUGGUUCAUCGCACUUUGUGGUAUGCUUGGCCUGGCUAGUCAUCUCCGCGUCUUCCCAAGGAAUGAAAUUGCGAAAGGAGCCUUGGCCAUGCAACUGAAAAAGCUCAAAAAAAUUCAAGACUCGUUGGCCUGGCCAGAAACAUCUGAGAACCUGCCAGUAGUCACUUGGGAGACAUUCCAGAGAGAAUCCAAAUCUCGAACACUGAUACUUGUUUCUGGCUUCAUCCACGAUGUUUCCUCGUUCUUGGACCAUCAUCCUGGAGGACGCAGUCAUUUAGAGACAAACUCAGGCAAAGACAUGACGGCGUCUUUCUUUGGAGGGCUAUAUUCUCACUCAAAUGCCGCCCACAAUCUGCUCUCGAUGAUGCGUGUUGGCGUGCUAGCUGGUGGUGUCGAGGCAGUCUCGCAUCUCAGUUUUCCAGCAUCUCAACAUUUGUUCAUUGCACAACGGACGCCUCAAGCAGAACUAAUGGUUAGAUCAUAGACGAGGUACUCAUUAUACCGCAUAUACGCAGCAGUUCUUUCACGACUGAGCAACUAGACAGAAAGAAAACCUUACAACUUUUCACAUGUUGACGGCUCAUAAAUGAAUUCCCACUAUUCGAUU